GGAUUUUUAAUUUAAUCUUACUCAAAAUUUUUAAUUCGAUAAGAAUAUUAAAUUAUCUUAUUAUUACAUGUUGGUGAAAGCCUUGUGAGUGUUAUAUUACUUGAGCGCUUAUUGUAAACGCAACCGAACUAAGCAGCAAUCAUGUUUACACCGAUAUAUGCGCAACUUAAAAUGACGCAUUUUGGUUUUCGACUAGAACCACUAUGAGUUAACGUUUCAUGGUAGCAUGAAUUCAUUGUUACGGGAGUUAUUAGCGUAACGUCUAUUAACGUACCGUAUAAAGUGGCGAAUUCAAGGAAUUCGCCGUUACUGUCUAUGAAAAAAAAAAACCGAGAUUUUGCUUUGUUUAACUUUAAGGUCUUGAAAGACUGUACGUACAGCAAUUAAAAUUAAUAUAAACUACAUUUAAUUUUUCGUUACAAACAUGUUUAUGAAUAAUAUAAAUAAAACUUACUGGGCAACGUUGUUGUGGCACCGAACUUCAUAUAUGCAAUAUGCCACUGUUCUCUUAGUGUACACGCAAACAUUCAUAUCUCUUCAGCUAUUGUAGCUAUAGAAUAUAGAUCUCCGUAUUAUAGUGGGUAUAAAAUUAUGUGAUACCAUGUCUCUUGGAAAUACGUUAUGCAUACUAUUAUCAAAGCUAACAUCAUUUGCCCUGCAAUGGAUUAAGUGGAUUAUUAAGUGCUCAAAGCUCGACAAUUAAAAAGUAAAUGCUUCUAAUAACUUACUUAUAUAAGUUAGUGGUUUCCGUCAAGCCUUACGUUACGGUUGCCAGGAUGGCUUCUUUUGUUUGGCAGUCAAGCCUGGCAAAUUUAAGGAUCGAUAUUAAUGCGUUGGUAUGGAAGAUUGAGCUGACUUCGAAAAGUGCGGAAGCUUUAGCGUCUGUUGUUUCAGCAGACGUUGAAUACUGCGUCGAAAAUUGUGAAGAGGUCAGCGCACAUGUUAAAUCGGCAAUGUUUUCACUGGAAAAAGCGUUCCAGGCCGUGAACCAAGCCAUAAAAUGCAUGAAAACAUAUAACACGCCAUCGAUGCUAGAAUUUCCAGUUCAAGUUUUUGCGAUUGAAAAUACCCGUGCAUCACUCGCGGCUAUUCCAGUUAAAAAGGAUGUUACUCAGCCUACAUCUGUUUUAACUUCUGCUUCGAGUAAUCAUUGGACCACAGCCACAGAUGAGGUGUCAUGUGCAGCCGCAGUGAGUAGUAACUCCUUCGAUACGGUCACAGAUGUUAGUGAAUGCACACCAGUCGAGGAACUGCCUGUUAAUGUCGGAGCAAAAAAUCAGAGUGCAGUCAUUAGGGAAACCAGAGACCAGAUGAUUCCUGUUAGUGGGAAGCCACCGAUGAAACAUGGCUCAGUCUCAGCACUACAGGGCAACAGUGAAACUGAUGCCAAAUUGUCAGAGCAAGCUUCCGCUACAAAUUUCAGGUUCCUGUCUCUUAAAAACACAAGAGAACAUCGUCACGUCGCCAAUGACGAAUUCAGCAUACAGCUGCCUCGGACAUUUUCAUCACCCCUAGUGGCGCCUAUGGUAUGCACGACAAGUACUACGACGGUAACAACAACACAUAUCGACGAUUCGGCCAUGGCGGACCACUUUAGCAACGUUGUUAAGGACUACGCUGCUGGUGACUCUAACAGCAAGAAGCAACCUAUUACACCUUUGAGGUACGACGCCGCGGAAUUUGUUCCUUCCAGUACUUCUUUAAUGGCAACUUCACGCCAGAAUAAUGAACUCAAUGCUCGACCGCAUACGAUUGAGGUACUCCGAGGGGCUCGCGAUGCCAUAGAAAAAAUCUGUAUGAAUCAGCCGAGAUUUACCCAUUCGGAACAGCUCGUCGAUGUUAAUGAGCAAUUCAAUAAUACUAGUUGCAACAGAGACUAUAACUUAGAACUCAAUGACAGAGAGCAAUACAUUUUCAGUGAUAAUAGUGUCGAUGGCCAAAAAAAAGUCAAUAGUAAGGUCAAUGGCGCCUUAGCUAGUCGACUACCACAGACUUCUCAUCCAAGUGGUGCUCAACCGAAAGAUGGUUCAUUUGACGGGAAUCCUGAGGGUGGUUUAAAGGAUGGUGGUAAACAAUUAACCAAGGUCGAUAGAGAUGGUCAAACCGGGGCAGAGUUUCAUCCACCAGAUGGCACUGAUCCAAUUUCAACCAGCUCAAGCCGGCGCAGUAGUUUUUCUUCGAGGGAAUCCGACGGACUAAUACUUAAAGGUGCCUUCCAAGUACGGGUACCGCCUUUAUGGCGGUACGUGUUGGCAGAAGUUACCUACAUUGACAGGGAAAAACACUUCGUGUAUAUCGUGCUCAGAGAAGACAACAAUCUGCAAAGGGCAAUUUGCGAUGAGGUUCUGAAGGCCGAUUGUGAAGAAGAACCUUCGGAUGAUCAUCUUUGUCCGCGCAGUACAAUUGUAGUUGCGCCCUAUGACGAUGUGUUGUAUCGAGCUAGGUUUGACGGUUACGUAAAAAACGACCAAGUCAAAGUAUAUUUUCUCGAUUUCGGCAACUCAGAAAUAGUGCCUCGCAAGAAUAUCCGCUUACUUCCAACGGGGAAAAAUACAAAAAGUGUCCUGAAAACUUGUCAGCUUGCAAUUCCUUGUGAACUGGAGGACCACCUACCAGAGCUCAAUGUGUUAGACAAGCUAGACAAGGCGGUUGGAUCAGAGCUGGUUCAGGUCUUGCUCGUCGGCUCACGGCAGGAUGUACAUGAGAAAAUAUAUCUAAUCAAGGACAUCGUGUACGAUGAAGAAGCGACCAAUUUUAUUAGCAUGCCGAUGAAUACCGCACUUAAAAUUGAUAACGCGACAUACAAGGUCAGCCACGCAAAUGAUCCGCACAACAUUUGGAUUAUAAACAGUGAGUCCUUGGAAGAAAGGCAAGCUAUGGAAUCAGAAAUCUACAGUUUACCAUCCCUGCGGUGCACUGAAAUUAUGUGUCUCAAGAAAGGACACUUCGUUACAUUCCAUCGAAAACGCGCAAAAGUUACUGAAGUUAAUGGAUCUCAUAUCAAUUUACACAUGAUCGACUAUGGCAGAUCGGUAUACCAGGUUGAUAUUACCGAAUGUAGAAGGCCGCCUCUUGCAGCAUUUCUAGUACCUGCGCUCGCGACGCGUGUAAGUCUAGCAAGCUGCGAAUUCGAUAAAAAUUCCUGGACACCUGAAAAAACGAAGAAAUUGCAAAACUACUUAGCAGACGGUGAAUUUCGUGUGAGUUUCCCUUCUGGACCGGAAUCGGAUAAAGUAUUUAUGACGAACAUCGUUACUGAGAAGCUAGUUGUUAAAGAUCUGUGUAAGGUACUGGGCCUUUGCUCUCUGAAGAGGAAAAAUUAAAUUUAAACAAAAGCUUUUUCUAAAAAGAAAAACAAUUAAAUGUUGUUUAUUUGUACAAUUUGGCCCUUAGUCAAUCAUGCAAUUGUCCUUUUCCUAGAAAAUGACGCUUCUAAUAUGCAAAAUAUUUUCCAAAACACAUUCAACAGUGAUGUCUACCAUACAGUGUCUUAUUAUUAGGCAAGCGUUGAAAAUUAAGUGCUUGUGAGAGACAGGGCUGUGAUAGAAAGAAAACCUACUAAGUUGUAUAUUUAAUUGGUAUAAGUUGUAGUUUAAAGUAUUCUGUCUCGAUCUUCGAGAACGCUGGAAGUGUGGUCCGUAACUUAUAGGAAGAUAUAGACAUUCAUAAUAGUAUGAAAAUCUUUGAUUUUUCUCUUUCGAAUAAAUGUCAUCUUGCAAUACGAAUCCAAGUGGUCAUUGGUCACACUUUGGGCAAGUGUUCGUGAGAUUGUGUCGUGUUUUGAUCUUGAUGUAGUGAAAUGCUAGGAAGGGCCCUGCGAAAUGUGAGAAGGAGCUCCUUCAACAAAAUCAUUUCUUAGGUUAAUUGACCCAAAACUAGCAAUUCUUUGCCUUAAUUAUCUGAGUCUACUUCUGCUGCUUGUAAGCUACAUUUUGGGCUGAUAACUCGCAGUUGGAUGAAACAAAAAAAUUGUCUUUAAUAUGUGUCCUAUACUAAUAUUAGUCGCUUAGAUAAAUACAAUACAAUACAAUAGAAUUAAAGCAGUAGUGUUUAUUUUUGUGUUUCCAUAAACAGCUACGUCAUAUGUACGUUGUAAUAGGAAUCCCUAAAACAUCGUGCAAGAUUUAAAAAAAUUCGCAACUUUUAAAUGAAAAACUUCGCAUUUAAAGACCUCGUUGACUAAAAACUGCCCGUGAGCUUUUGAAUUGUUACUGUCGCUACAAUACCUGUAAAGGCGACAGCAAUUGUAUACUACGAGCAGUACUAAUUACGUACAGUACGAGUGGAACUACCUUCUAAAUUUACGCAGAGAGAUAGUGAUACGUUGAUCGUCCUAUAUAUAUUUUCUUGACUGAACAAAAACGAGCGCGGUUUAAAUCGAUUCAUCAUUAUAAAUUUGUAUAAGUUUUAUUGGUAUAAUAAUGGAUGAUAUUUAACAAAAAUGAACUAGCCACCUUGUCGUUGGCAAGUAGGCAUAUGGUA